AUGUUGGCCCUCCGCUCGAUCGCCGCCCCGGUGCAGCGCCAAUGCUGGCGCGCAGCUCCCCGUGUGGCCGUCUCUUUCUCGAUCCAGAACCAGAGACAAUAUUCGUCGCAAGACCGGGUUGCCAAGUUCAAUGGACAGAAAGAUGCACAGGGUCGCUACACUGUCAGCUUGAUCGAGGGUGAUGGCAUUGGGCCUGAGAUUGCCGUUGCCGUCAAGGACAUCUUCGCCGCCGCCAAGACCCCCAUUACUUGGGAGCCCAUCAACGUCGACCCUAUCCUCAAGGAUGGCAAGACGGCGAUUCCAGACGCUGCCAUUGAGAGCAUCCGGAAGAACAAGAUUGCCCUGAAGGGUCCCCUCGCCACUCCCAUCGGCAAGGGCCACGUCUCCCUUAACCUUACCCUCCGCCGAACCUUCAACCUCUUCGCCAACCUGCGGCCCUGCCGGUCCGUCGCCGGAUACAAGACUCCCUACGACAACGUCGACACAGUGCUGAUUCGCGAGAACACCGAGGGCGAGUAUUCGGGCAUUGAACACGUCGUGGUGGAUGGUGUCGUCCAGAGUAUCAAGCUUAUCACUCGCGAGGCCAGCGAACGUGUCUUGCGGUUCGCCUUCCAGCAUGCCCGGGCCAUUGGCCGCAAGAAGGUCCGCGUCGUCCACAAGGCCACCAUCAUGAAGAUGAGCGACGGUCUUUUCCUCAACGUUGGCAAGCAGGUCGCCAAGGAGUUCCCGGAUAUCGAGUUUGACGCCGAGCUGCUCGACAACACGUGUCUGAAGAUGACGACUGACCCGGUCCCAUACAACGACAAGGUCCUGGUCAUGCCCAACCUCUACGGCGAUAUCCUGUCCGACAUGUGCGCUGGUUUGAUUGGCGGGCUGGGUCUGACACCCUCGGGCAACAUUGGUGACGAGUGCUCCAUUUUCGAGGCCGUCCACGGUUCGGCUCCUGAUAUCGCCGGCAAGGGUCUCGCCAACCCCACCGCUCUGCUCCUCAGCUCCAUGAUGAUGUUGAGGCACAUGGGCUUGAACGAGUACGCGGACCGGAUCGAGAAGGCUGCCUUUGCCACGCUCGCUGAGGGCAAGGCGCUGACGGGUGACCUGGGCGGCAAGGCCAAGACGCACGAGUUUGCGGCGGCCAUCAUCGAGAAGCUAUGA